UCGAUUACUGCCAGUGAGUUGGUGUAUGAUGAUGGUGCGCUCUGUACAAACUUUCGCCACAUCGUUCGGGGCUCUGGGCUGGGAGCAGCCCCAGAGGCCACGCAGGACCGACUCCAUGCCAUCCAGGAGAAGAUGGAUCUGCCCCAGAGGUUUGCUGGCAGCAAGCAGCUGAGCCGGCGGGAGAUGGAGAUUGAAAAUGCCCUCUUUCAGGGAACAGACCGCCACUCCUUCCUCCGAGCGCUCUACCACCAAGAUGACACUCAAAAGAGGGUAACAGAUGAAAAGGACCCCAUGGUUCAUCUGGAGGGUGUUUACCAAGAGCUACUGAGCAAGAAGUGGCCUGAAGAAGUCCAGCCUACCAAGAGUCACCCAUGCUUGUGCCCUUCCCUGGCCCUGCAGGGACCUAAGGCUGAGGAGUCAUCGCUUGUGGACCGGGAAGAGCAGGCAGAACAGGCAAGAAGUCCCAGCCUUCCUGCAAGAAGUCCUCACCAGUCCCCUCCAAGGCUUGUGAUUAUCAAAGAGCCUGUAGAGUUUGUCCCGGAAGAGGAGAUCUGCAAGAACCGUCUCUCAGAGGAAGAACUUCAGAAUAUACCUAGGUUCUCAUCCUACCAUCCUGGGGAGCCCAACAAGGUGCUGUAUUUGAAGAACCUGGGCCCUCGAGUGACAAUGAAGGACCUAGUGUCCUUGUUUGCUCGGUUCCAGAAAGAGGACAGCCCCUCAAUCCAGUUCCGCCUCCUGAGCGGCCGGAUGAGGGGUCAGGCUUUCAUCACCUUCCCUGAUAUUCAGUCAGCCCAGGACGCCAUGCUAUUGGUGAAUGGGUACAAUCUGCAGGGGAAGCCGCUGGUGAUUGAAUUUGGGAAAAGCAAGGGUCAUUUGCCAGAGGCUAACUUUGCCACCCCCUGCUACUUUGCUGGAGAGAACCCCUCUGCCAAGUAA